AUGUGUCCCAGUUCGGAAUCGGUGGAACUGGCGGAGUCGAACAGACCUUUACGUCUCCAAUGUUUGUUGGAAUAUCUCCAUCCUGAGAGUCUUUGGGGGCAAUCAAAGCUUUCUGAAGCACCUCCCCUUGUCAAUAUCUCUGUUUUGAUCGGUUUGGGGCUAUGUGUGUCUACGUUCGCUGCAAUAGUUCGAUUGGAACAAGGGGCUGAAGGAGCUGCAGUUGAUGGAACCGAUUCAGCCUCAUUCCAAUUAUCUGUGGAGGGGGGCGAGGAAGCGCAACAUUCAGGAGGCAUUGGAUCCCUCCCUACCAGGAUCAAUGAAGAGAUCGAUGGCGAGAGCACGGCACAUCGAGUCAACCCGGUAGGAUCAUCUGCGCCUCGACAUUCAUCAAAUCCGUCUUCCUCUUCCAGGGAUCGCAAUGUCGAGCACGAAUCAAGAGAUCAAGCACCAGAUCCUGAUGGGGUUAUUGGGGUGGCACAGAACCGGCAAGAAUGGCCCGCCUGGCGUGAGCACCUCGAAUAUAUCACUCACGCAGGUGCUAUUAGUCUUGUGACUUCUCAUUUGGCUAGGACAUGGGCGCCUGCAUUAAUGCUUGAAGAAGAGGGGAGUCUUUCUUUCGUAGUGACUGCGUUAGCUGUCGGGUUUUAUUAUUGGAAACACUUUUAA